CCACCAUCACAGUCCGUUCUGAACCACGACAAGGUGCGCACGUCGGAAGAAAAGAUAAACUAACCGCGAAAAAUGUAAUUGCCUUAACCGUUGCAUGGGGUAAUAAACUGUCUAGUGUAAAUAUAUGUAUAUAUUUUUCGAAGUGUUUUUUUUUUUAAGUGUAAAUAUAUAUAUAUCUUAAUUGAUAAAAUCCUGUGAUAUUAGUUUGUAAGCCGGGAAUAUAACCGCAAGCAUGGUUGGAGCAGCCGAUGUCGUCAAGCCAGCCGAUAAAGUUGAAUUCUAUUCACCCCAGGUCAAAGAAACACCGAUCUAUACUAUCAGCGAUGAUAUUGGUAGUCCGGAUAGUACAUUCACAAUGUCGUCAAUAAAUUCAUCCGGGGACGUCAAAAGUCCUGGGGAUCCACCGGAGAAGAAAUUCGCUGAAUCCGAUCCCGAGAAGCAACCUUUAUCCGGGAAAAAGGAGGAGAGAUGGUGGACAACCCUGAUGCAGAUAGCUGUUCCAUUCUUCAUAGCCGGUUGUGGAACGAUAGGAUCCGGCUUGGUGUUGGGUAGUGUUAAAAACUGGGAGGUAUUUCUGCAAGUCAAAGCUAUUUUCGUGUUAGUGCCAUCCCUGUCCGGAUUAAAAGGUAACUUGGACAUGUGUCUCGCUUCACGGCUCUCAACUCAGGCUAACCUUGGUAAUAUGAGAUUACCACGAGAAGUUAUAUCAAUGGUCGUCGGCAAUAUAUCGCUGGUGCAGGUUCAAGCUAUAGUAGCGGCGACCGUGGUGUCUAUGUUCGCUGUGGUGGUCAACACAAUAACAGACAGACAGUUUAAUGGCAGCUACGUACUGUUAUUGAUCGCUUCAGCUGUCUUCACUGCUACCACCACUUGUUUCGUUUUAGAUUUCGUUAUGGUAAUAGUGAUCUUCGCCUCACAAAAGUUCAAGGUGAAUCCCGACAAUGUGGCGACACCUUUGGCCGCGUCAAUAGGCGAUAUCGUUAGUAACUCAGUAUUGGCUGUCACAGCUGCAUAUAUGUUCGAACAGAUAAAGAUAUCGCUAUGGCAACCGAUUGCACUUCUAUGUGUAUACUACAGUCUUCUUCCCAUUUGGGUGUUUAUUGGUUGGAAGAAUAAAUAUACGAAGGCCGUCCUCACCACUGGAUGGACCCCCGUUAUAUCCGCCCUGUUUAUUAGUGGUGUUGGUGGUAUCGUUCUGGACCAAGCUGUGGAUCAAUAUCCGGGAUACGAAGUUUUCCAACCGAUAGUGAACGGUAUCGGUGGCAACUUAGUUUGUGUUCAAUCAUCACGUCUGGCGACACACUUACACCAGACAGCCAUCCCCGGCAUACUACCGGAGAAUACGAGGAUCAUUGAAUGGCCGUGGAGGACGUUGUUCUACGGAACUCCUGCUGCAAAAAUUGCGAGAAUGCUCCUAAUACUGGCCGUUUGUGGGCAAAUAGUGUUCAUGAUUGUUGCCGAUGUCGUGUUCAGAGGAUUUGUCUCGCUGCAGUUUGUCUUCGGUGUCACUUACGUGUUAUGUUCAGUUAUUCAAGUUAUGGUUUUACUCUACCUUUCUUACAUCCUAAUACACUUCAUGUGGAAGAAGAAGAAGGAUCCAGACAACGCCGCCAUUCCGUACUUGACGGCUCUCGGCGAUCUAUUGGGUUCUGUUUUCCUAGGUCUAGCUUUCUUAAUUCUAUCAAUAUUCGGCAUGGAAUACGGUAAUAACGUACAAUAAAAAAUAAAUCGUAUGACGGCUGAAAACCCAUAUAUCUUUAUAACUAUAAACGCUUCUGCACAAAGCGAUACAACGAAACCUUUCGUAUAUAUAGCUUUGCGAUGCAAUCGAUUCGUCUAAUGGAUAUCACCAAAUAGCUGUAAACGCUAAACGCUAGCCUAUUUGCUUGAAACUAGAUGAAUCGAUGGCUGUUCAUUAACAAGUAACGUAAGAAAUGUGUCAAAAAUAAAAAAUUAAUUGACAUAAAAGCUCCUUGCAGUGCCAAUUAUUUUGGAGGAAGUUUGAUCUGCAAGACUUAGUUGUAUUGAUGAUAUAUUUUGAUGACAUUUCCUCAUAUGCGAUUAUUAUUAAAUCGGCAUAUAGAUCAGUUCCGAUGCUUUGAAAUCAAGUAUUAUUUUAAACGAUCGUAAGUCAAAUUAAAUAUUCUAUAUCAUGUGGAUGUAGAGGGAAGUUUUGUAUUCGCAUGUUAUUUUAUAAAAACGACCUGCUCUAUAGUGAGUAGCUCAUCUGUGAUAGAUUAUCCAAAAGAAUGUGAUUUAUUGCAAUUAUAGCCUUUUAACAGCCGAGUCAAUGGACAAUAAAUUGAUGUUUGACGGAAUAAAUUUUACCGGCUCUUUUUUUGUAUGUCUGUAAAGUUGAUUUAGAAAAACAAAUCUUCCUUUAAAUGUUGACAAUGGAUAAUUAUUUUACGUUUUCUAUUGGCCAUUUUGAUUUACAAAAAAAAAAAAAUCAGUUUCUACUGUCUGUGAAAUCGAACCAACAUUAUUUACUAUCUCCCAUAUCAUCAUAGUAAUAUUUCUAGUGUAUUAUAUGUAAUGAAUACGGUACUUAUUAUAUAAUUUACGAUUGCCUGAAUUGACUAACCUAGAUAAAUAAAUCAAUACAUUCCAAUAGUUAGGUAUGAAAAUGUCCUGAGUAGAUAUAACUAGCUGUUACCUUAGAUCAAUGAGUACAAUAAAGCAAUUGAUAGUAUUAAGAUACCUAAAAUAAUUAAUUGUAGUUAAUAUAAAUUAUUGACAUAAUCGUCUGGAUUGUUCGGUUUGUAAGUUGUAAUGUGUGAUCUCCUAAAAAAUUUCGCGAUAAUGCAUUUUUUGAUGUCUACCUCCUGUUGUGAAAUAAAAUAUAUAUGUAUAUAUAUAUAUAUUCCAGAUAAAUAACUUACGUAUUAAUUAUGGUCUCGAUGGACAUUAUAUACUUUUAUGGAUUAUCGCAUGCUUCAUUCCACCGUAUGAUAAUUUAAAAUUAAAUUAUAGUUUUUAUAUAUAUAUAUAUAUAUACAUUAUUCCGCUGAAUUGAGACGUGGUUUGAAUGAAAUAAAUUCGUCACAAAUCAAAAGUGGCCGCUCGCUCUAGACUUAAGGUAUACAUUUGAUUGAAUGAUGUGAUACAUUUGAGAUUUUAAUAUGUAUAUAUAGAUUGUUAUGUAGUAUUUAGGCAAAUUGAACGCCAAGGACAUUCCAAUGUUUAUAUAUAUUAUUUUUUUUAUUAAAAAGCAUUGCCCGUAAUAAUUUUCUCUUUACACUGAUGUAUGAAAAUUGUUUUUAAUUUUACGUAGUUACUACUUUUGAAUAAAUUUUACCGAUUCACUGACGGUGCUUUGUCGAGACUUAGGACAUGAGAUAUUGUUAUAGAAAAUACAGUAUUUUUAAUUGCAAAGAAUAAAAUAUGUUCCAUGAAAUGUAUUGGUAUUUUUAAUUAGGGGAUUUUUAUUUUAUUAAAAACAAUUUAAAAAAUA